CUCUCUCAAUCUCCAUUCCGCCCCGAAAAGGCCACUCCGACGGGACAGGAGGCUAUAAGACGCCGGGCCCAGCAGCAGUCGUGUCUUUCUCGUCCUACUUCCCUACGUGACCCAUCCAUUCUCCGCGCCCAAUCACUCCAUCCUUCACCCACGCCUCGAUAACCCUACGUCUCCUCCGCCGUCAUGGCACGCCACCAUCCUCUCGCAUCUCAGGAAGUUCUGCCUAGCCAACAUCGGCGCCAUCACGCCCGUGCAACUUGACCAGCUGUACGAUGCACUUGGCUGGGAGUCCCGUGACGCGGACGAGGAGCAAAAGGGUCGGAAGAAUCUCCUUGUUUCGAAAAAGGCAGAACGUGCCCGGGAUGGACGCGGAGAAGGGCUCCAAGGUCGGGUCGGAUCGCAAGGUCCGCGACAGUAUGAUUGUCAGGGAGGAGCGAUUGGGGAGGGAUGGGGAUGUCGAUGAUUGUAGUGAUGCUGAGGAUUCUGUUGGUGAGGACUGUGGUGGUGAGGAGGAUGACAUUGGCGGCGACAUCAACGGCGACAUCAACGACGACGACGACAUCAACGUGAUAGAAGGCAGCCGCCAGACGCAGAGCGAGGUUGCUCAGCUUCACAGAAAUCAAUUGGACAUGGUCACGCGGUUCGAGGCCACCAUCCAACAGCGUUGUGACGAAGGAAAGGCGGACUUGCAGACUUGGUUAGAGCAACAGCACGCCUUGGCCAUAACUGAGCUUUGCGUCGAACAACAACACCUCCGUGCCAGCAUGCAGCACCUACAGGACGAACACACCCGACUGCAGUCCGUCCAGGCGGCCGAGCUUUCCACGCUCCGUGCAGAGCAGGACGGGUUGUCGGAUUUUGUCUGUCGGCUUCGCGCAGACGCCACGCUUCACCUCGAUCCCGCACCUAAUCCCGACAGCAGCAAUACUGUGCCUCGCCUGGGGUUGGAGGAGAAGCAGCAGCUGGAGGUGAAGACGGAGCUGGAGGAGCCGGAGGAGGAUGCGUCGACGACAGUCCUGCUGGGCGACAUCCUCACGACCGGGUUGGGACGCGCCAUGGAACUGGUGGUGCAGAUUGGUCAGCGGCAGCAUUCGGUUGAGGAGGAGAAGGGGUCCGUGAUGAAGGAGACGCGGUGCAGGACGACUCGCUUUGAUUGUGGCGUCCAUUAA